AUGCACCCCAAUGAAACUGGUAACGCCUCCUGGGCGUACCAAGUCAUAUGCCAGUUGCAAGGCGGAUUUCUGUCCCACGAGCUCCAAAACAACGUCUGCACCCCUACCAUUAGUGACGCGGAACAUGUCAAGCUAGCUCUUCUCACAGGUCUUUGGUCUAUGAUCCGCGAGACUAUCCUUGGUCGGGCAUCAACUCCUGUAGAGACUGGUGACCUAGCCUACCGUGCGACAUUCACCCGCGAGCAACUCGAAUCCAUCAAAACGCCUGGCAUGGAAGAGUUGUUGUCACCCAAUACCCAGCACUUGUGGAUGGACCCAGGGAAACACGCCAUGUUUUAUCUACUGCGAGGUGGUACAGAAUCCAAUUUGGUUCUUUUGCGGCCAGACAAUUUACUAAAUGAAAUAAAGGUAGCAGAAGGAGACAUAGGAGAAACGAGGAAGUCUUCCAAUGGUUGGGAUCCAUUGCUGACACGGUUCAUCUUUUGCAUCAAAUCAGUCCUGAAGUGGAAACUAUUACAUUAUGAAGAGCUCAGCACCUGCACUAAAUUAUAUGAAACUCUCCUCGGCGAUGCAUGCCACCCUUCUUUGCCAUACCAGGCACAAGGGGCCGCGAUGGCAGUAGAAGAUGGCGUUAUACUAGGUCUUUUGCUCGGGCGUCUCAAAGUCGCAUUGGAAUCGAAAGCCGAACCCUUCAUUGGUUUGGACCUUAUUCCACAGAUUCUCCAACUUUACGAAUCCUUGAGGAAGACACCUACAACGCUCAAUGUUAAGGGGGCCAUCCAGAAUCAACAUGUGUAUCACAUGCCGGAUGGAAAGGAGCAGAUCCAGAGAGAUGAGUUCUAUGUUAAUGCAAUGGAUAAGGAGAUCAUCGAUGCUCCACAAUAUUCUAUGAUCGACAAAAAGUACCAAUUCGAACUGCUUGGUCAGGACAGGGUUGCAGAGGCGGAGGAAGAGUUCCAGAAAUGGUGGGCCGUUUUCAAGAAUCACUGCUAA